CAGAGCUGAUGUUCAGCUGAGGCGCUCGGCUGCCACGUGACAGGCUGGGGCACCUGAAUGGCGAGUUGCUGCUCCAUGUACCGCCGCGCUCCCUCACAGCCCUCAUUCCCCCUCAUUCCCCCGCUUUGGAGCGCGCAGUCCAGGCAAGAGCGCGCCUCCUCACAACAUGGCGCUGCUGUGAGUUACUUGUUUUGGGGAAUAUCCGGCAAGGCAGCUACGGGUUACGUGGAGAUUUGGAGUUGACGGGCACAUAAAGGGCCAAAGAAGGGACUCCAUGAAUCAGCUCUGUCUCCUAAAGCACCCGCCGUGACUAGAGGGAGUGUGCCUAGCAAGGAAACUGCAAUAGUGAUUAAAAAUAAAGUCAAAACAAACCUCUGCACUGGAUUGAAGGCAAAAUCAGUGUCCAUGAUGAAGUCUAACACGAAAAAGACUGCAAAAGAAAAAUUUAACUGGGAUGAUUACUUGAAUCAGGUUGGUUCAGUUGCUGCACCACCAAAUUGUUUCAAACAGUCUAGGACACCACCUAGCAAUGAUUUCAAAGUUGGCAUGAAGCUGGAAGCUCAUGACCCCCGAAAUAUUACCUCCAUUUGUAUUGCUACUGUUGUUGGAAUCACUGGUGCACGCCUGCGUUUGCGACUGGAUGGCAGCGAUGACAAGAAUGACUUCUGGCGGUUGGUGGACUCUUGUGAUAUUCAGCAGAUUGGCACUUGUGAGAAGAAGGGUGACAUGUUGCAGCCUCCUUUGGGGUUUCGUAUGAAUGCAUCUUCUUGGCCAAUGUUUCUGCUGAAAACACUAAAUGGAGCUGAUAUGGCACCAAUAACUUGCUUUAAACAGGAACCUCAAAAGCCAUCACAAAGUUUUUUUAAAACUGGAAUGAAACUGGAAGCGGUGGAUAAGAAAAACCCUUAUUUAAUUUGCCCAGCUACUAUUGGUGAUGUAAAAGGGGAUGAUAUUUUUAUCACUUUUGAUGGCUGGAGAGGAGCAUUUGACUAUUGGUGCAAGUAUGACUCUAGGGACAUCUUUCCUAUUGGAUGGUGCUCUUUGACUGGAGAUUCCCUACAGCCCCCUGGAAACAGUGUUUCCCUCCCAAGGACAAGUAGUACCCCAACAGCAUCACCGAUUAAAGGUGUUAGACGUUCAAUGCAAUCACCUCAGAAACCUGUGCAGGCACAGAAAGGAAGGAAGCCAAUGCGUGACAAGUGCCUUGGACAAACCUCUGCUUCUCCAAGGAAAGGCAAGCGUCCAAAGAAUACUACUUUGUCACGGAACACACCCAACGCAGAAAACCAAACCAAAUCAAAGGGUACAGGGUUAAAACCAGGAAGAAAGAAAGAAACUUUAGCAUUAAACUCAUCUCUGCCUCCUGUAAACACAUCGGAUGGAGACAGCAACAAAUCCCAGAUCCUUAAAGAUGGUGUUGGAAUAUUGGGUUCGCCUGUGGCAGUGAUAUCCACAGUUUGUGUAUAUGUAAACAAGCAUGGAAAUUCAGGACCACAUCUGGAUAAGAAAAAAGUUUUACAGCUUCCUGAUCAUUUUGGGCCUGGACCUGUAAAUGUAGUCCUACAGCAGGCAGUGCAGGCCUGUGUUGAUUGUGCCUACUACAGUAAAAUAGUGUUCAGCUUCCUCAAGUCAGGCCAUCACGGGGGUGAAGCAAUAACAGCUUCUUUUGAUGGAGAAAAACACUCUGUUCAUCUUCCGCCGGUGAACAGUGCAUCCUUUGUCUUGCGAUUUUUGGAGAAACUCUGUCACAGCCUGCAGUGCGAUAAUCUGUUUAGUAGCCAACCUUUCAGCCCGCACAUGGGUGGAGCACACAGUCCAACAGACUAUGACAGGAGUAAGACAACAAAAGAAGAAAUCACUGAUAGGAGCAACAAAAGAUACUGUCAAGACCCCCCUCCAUUUUCAGCCCCACUAUCUCCCAAGCUGCCAAGAUCAGAGGUUCAUCCUCCAGAAGCAGAAAUGUCACCAACAGAAGAAAACUGCAUGCCAAAAGAUCAAAGAUUUUCAGAGGAGUCCAUGGAUUCAGCACUAAAUACAGUAAACACUGCCAGCCCAGCUACACGAAACACAACUGAGUACCGCAACAUGGGAGCCACAUCAGCCUAUUACAGGGGCUCAGUCCAACCUGUCACUGCUACCUCAAAUGGUGCUCCUGUUGUACGAAGAUCAUCUUCUAGCUCUGCCAGCAACAGCUGCUAUUAUGAUUCCAGCCGAAAUCGCACUCAGAGGAGAAUAGAAGCUGCAAGUUCUACCACAGGGCCUGAGCUUCACUCGACAGAGCGGCAAACUACACAAAGCCUCAGUAAAGAUCCAGCCACAUGGUCCGUAGAUGACGUCAUGUGUUUUGUGAAGGAAGCAGAUCCCCAAGCCCUGGCCCCUCAUGCUGAACUCUUCAGAAGACAUGAAAUUGAUGGAACAGCUCUGCUCUUACUUAGAAGUGACAUGAUUAUGAAAUACAUGGGACUUAAACUUGGUCCAGCCCUGAAGUUGUGCUACCACAUUGAAAGACUUAAGCAAGGAAAGUAGUACAUUACUGGAAGCAAGUGGGAGCCUUUGUUUACCUCUAGCAUCAUCUCACGUAUGCAUAAGCUUGCGACUGCCUAUAAAAUACCUCCUUUUUGUAAUAUAAUACAGACACUAAAUAUCUCCAUUAUUUUUACAAAACUAGUGAUUUUUUAAAAUGUAGAUGCAUUGUUUUUACUCUGUGGUGGUGCUGAAACACAGGAGAGCUGGAGCCUCUUUGUCGUCAUUGUCUGUACUGCGUAUUCUUGCUGCGCAGAUUGAUGCAGAAGUUCUUUUGUAACCAAAAGGCUAAUUCCCAAAGCAGCAUGUCAGGAGCAGCUGAUACAAGAAGACCCCCAAGUGGUCCCCCAAGACCAGCAUUGUAGUUUUUUUUUAAUGCAUUCUAUUUAUUUUUAUAUGAUAUAUAUAUUUCAUAUAUUUAUAUAUAUCAUAUAUAUUUUUUCUUUUUUUUAAAGAAACCUUUUAAGACUGUGCUAACUUUGGCAGCUACACUAAAUAUAAUUUUCUAAUCUAAAAGCUACAAGAAAAGUGGCUCUGCUUGAUUAACUGCACUUUUGGCAUUUACCAAGUUUUGUAAAAAUUUAACUUUAAAGCAAGACAUCCUACCUGCCCGCAAGUCAGGUUAGCAUGCUCUGCUGUAUUAAUUUAUGUGGCAUACAGAUUUUUUUUCAGUGAAACUGGCAAGUAAAAGUACUGUGUCAAAAUGGCCCAUGUGUGGGCAGGCACAGAAUAAUAUGUGAAUAUACUGCUUAUGACCAUAAUAACCAUAUUCUCAAAGUGACACGAGCAUUGCAUUACUGAAACAGAAAGCAUCUUCUGAUGAUUCCCUGUUCCAUCAGCCAUUGACAAGAGACAAUUUUUUUCUUCAUAAUAUGUAGCCUUUGGCUUUCUGCCUGGGUCAGACAGCAGGGAGAUGUUCUGCUUACACAUUUGUGAUUUAGGCAGUGUGAAGUAGAAGCAUUUGGAGCAAUUUGACAUUAUUAUAAUGGAUGGUACAUGUACCCUAAAACUGGAACUGGAAACCCCACCCCCUGGAAAACACAGGGGGAAAAGUGCCAAAGCAUGACCUAUUGGGGUAAUUGUAUAUCAGGAACCCAGUGUUGCUAGUUGAACCCUUUUAGUGCCAUGUGACACAAUCCACUGUGCCUGCAGUGUUUAGUUGUUGCACAUUUGUUUACAUGAAAUAACAACAUGCAGCAUAACCCAAGAGCCAGCAACGGGCACAGAAAGGGUUAAAGUCUCAGCUUAAUUUAAUAUGUUUACAGUACAUAAUCAAUACUUUGGUACAUCAGCAGCUAUGUAAAACCAACUUCCCAUUUUAUGUAGAAAUCACAAUGUCACAAUGAUAUAAUUGCUUUCAAAACAUUAGUGAUAUUGAAAAAGAGAUAAUUUGUUACCUAUAUUUGACCAUUUUGUUAAUUACAGCCAUUAGUUGUCAACAUGUUUAUUUCAUUUAUAGAGACCUUAAAAGGACAGUAUACACCUAUAACAACCUUUCCAAAAAAUGAACACAAUUAAUAGGACCUCUGUUAAAAUUACAUUCUGCCUAUUCUUUUAAUUAAAAAAAAAUCCAAAUUCCUCCCCCUCCCUUCCUUUAUAAGUAAAGGCACUUUGUUCAAAGGUAGCUAAAAAAGCUCUGAAAAAAACAAGUCCCUGCCUCCUCUAAGCUGCAGCCUUUGAGGACCUGAUUAUCAGGAGCUUCAUUGUGGGCCGGUAAUUUGUUUUAUCACUUCCUCUGAAGCUCUCUAGGAUCGGGAAGUGACAGUAAAACUGGCUCCAUAUUCUUGUUUAGUGUUAAAAAUAAUAAACCAUAGAUAUUUCUGUUUAAAUUCUUAAUUAAAAUAUUAUGCAAAAAGUAUGUUCAGCACAACCCUAUUCAUUGAGCUCAAGUUGAAAAGGGGUGUAUAAUGUCCUUUUAGCAGUGGGGCUCAUUUAUCAAUGCUGGGCAUAUUUGCACCUGGGCAGUAACUCAUAGCAGCCAGUGAGUGAUUUGUUUUUUACAGCCAGCUGCAGGUAGAACAAUAAAGCCGAAAUAUUGAUUGGUUGUCAUGGGUUGCUGCCAAGCUUCUAAUUUGCCCAGUAUUGAUAAAUGAUCCCCACUUUCAAAGUCUGCCCCCUUUGGAUUAUAAAUGGGGCUUUAUAAAUUGCGAAAUAGUAGGCAAUAAUUAUAUUUUCGGGAACAUAAUCUGAUUGUAGCCAUUCCUUGCCCUAUGCAGUAUUCCACUUUGCAUGUGUACAAUGUAAAUGCUGUAUUGUAAGAAUAUAUUAUAUACUGGGAUACUGGCAGAUUGGGACAGGAUCAUUUGUUGUCUUUCAGAGUGCUGCAAGUGAAUGACACUGCUAGUAUCCUAAUGGCUGGCACAAGAAUGUUUCACUCUAUGCCAUUGUGCAGACUCUUUCUUACUGAAUAUGUAGUGAUAACUUACAGUGUGAAUUAUAUUUCCUAAUGCCUUUUGUAUACAAAAUGAUCUAUUUGAUGUAUUUUCUGCACACUUUAAUGAUAAAAAGGCUUUUCUAAUGUUUGUUAUUCCUCAGGUUUUAGCAAUUAAAUGUUGCUAAAUCUUA